UGGUUUCGCUUUGAGAGUAUGCGAAGACAGCAAGCGGCAGGAUUUGAAAUAGUUACUCUCAGAAGGAAAUGCAUUGCAAGUGAAGGAUACAGCGGAGGAGGACCUUGGGCGUUUUGCUGUAAAUUACGCGCAGGUUUUGCUCGUGAAGACGUGCGUGAAUGAAAUCACUACGGUGCUCAACCACCCGACCAGCGGCACCAGCUCCUGGACGGUGGUGGUGGUGUGUAUCCUAGCCUACGUCUGCAGCAUACCAUUCUGCACAAAGGCGUGCGACGGCUCAGCUUUGAUUUGGAGUAUAUGCUCAAGGAUCCCGUCGGCAUGUACUGGCUCUACUGUUGGGCUUUCGUAGCUCCCGUCAGCUUAUUGGUGUCGGCAGCGCUGUACGUGAGCGAAGGCGCCGGCUCAGCAUCGCUGACCAUCGGCGACUACACGUACCCAUCGUGGGUGGCCGUGUUCGUGUGGGUGUCCAGCGUGCUCAGCCUGCUACCCGUUCCCGUCAUGGCCGUCAUGCACUGGGUUCGAGUCGACAUGGACUUCAGCAAGGCCCUGUGCACCGACCCCGUGUGGGGUCCUCAGGACCCCGAUCGCAGUUUCGACUACAACGACCGCAUCCGCACCCUCGUCACUAUGGUGGCCACUAAAGAGAAGGUCGACGUCAAGUACAAGGGCGGUACCCGUCACGGGCCCGUACUCUUCACGGCGUCGUCAUUCACGAUGCUCAGGAACUCUAUGCCGCUAGAAUAAAAUAGAAGUUCGACAUAUUCUUGGCACAGCCGUUUGAACGGCAGCCCCGCUUGUCCGUGUAGGGCCGUG